AGAGCGGUGCCAAGCUUCAGACUGAUCAGUCCAUGGAGGAGACCUAUUCAGUGACCAUGAUGGAUUCGGGCAAUCCCCCCAUUAUUCCCCAGACUGGGCUGAUGGCGCUCUGAGGGUCUGGGAUGUGCAAACACAGGGAUAAUUAGUUGCUGCACCUGAAGUUGGUCCUCUGAUCAUAGCAAGAAUCUGCACGAGUCAGCUAAAAGUUAACUUCUACGAGGGUAAAGACCACGCUGAGAACGUCGUACUCUUUGAUAAUGGACAAGAACAAGAAUCGGGUGUCUGAAAAGAUCUUAAGUAUCACCUUUGAGAUCAUCUAUCUGCUCACUGGAGAGGAUUAUAUGAUCGUGAAGAAGCCUGGUGACUCUAUCAGACAGAGUAGCAGCCCCUGUGUGUCAGAAGAGUCCUGCAAAAACCAGAGCCCUUGCAUGGUGCCUCCACUUCACUCACUGAUACGGGACAGGAAAAAUGAGAAGAAGAUCCUGGAACUGACCAAUCAGAUCAUCCAGCUGCUGGCUGGAGAGGUAGAGGAGUAUGUAGGACAAAAGAAUCGUCACAGUGACAGCACGCUGAAAAAUCGCAAGCCUUCCAGCUCACCAGAUGUCCAAAUCAAAGAUGGAAAAAACAUCAGAAAAAGUCAGGGAACAAAAAAUGUUUUAAUAAAUAAUUCACAGAGACACAGCAAAUCUGUAAAAAGUAAUGACACAGGUACACAUGAAGAAGGAAAUCUCACAGACGUUGAAACUGAAAUGGCCACAAAAUGUACACAGGUGAGACGUGCAUCUAUUGAUAUUAAAGGAGAAUUCACAGACGAUCAUCAACUAAGUGCUGAUAAGGAUACAUCCAUGGACUUAGACUAUACCCAGAUUCAUAUCAAGGAGGAAUUUUUCUCAGAUGAUGAAGAAGGGAAUUUCACAGACACUGACAUUUAUACGCCUACGGACUAUACACCUGGUCAUAUUGAGGAGGAAUCCACAUUUUGGGGAAAUGGUAAUUUUACGGACAAUGGUAUGUAUGGACCAACGGAAUAUAAAGGAUUACAUAUCGAUAUUAAGGAGGAAUCCUGCCCGUCUGAGGAAAGAAAUUUAAACAAAACUGUACCUGCAGAACAUCCGCGGAUAGACUAUAUAGUAAAGACUAAAGAACAGAAAAAGAAAAAAAGUGUGACAUCAAAAACAAACAAAAACCCCUCGGCACUGGAGUGCAGUGAAUGUGGUAAGACAUUUAGCAAAUUAAAAGCUUUUAUAUCGCAUCAGAGAAUACACAGGGUUCCAAGGCUGUAUAACUGCUGCGAGUGUGAGGAAUCUUUUACAAAUAACGCAGAUCUUUUUAAACAUCAUCAGACCCAUAAAGUGAAAGGUCUGUCCUGCUCUUAUUGUGGGAAGUGCUUCACCUAUAAAACAAACCUUGCUAUACACAUGAAGAGCCACACAGGACAGAAGCCGUAUUCUUGUCCUGAGUGUGGGAAGACUUUUACUUACAAUUCGUAUCUCGUUCGGCAUCAGAAAACUCACAGAGGAGAGAAACCGUUUUCCUGUUCAGAAUGUGGAAAAUGUUUCACCCGAGGUUCCUACCUUGUUCAUCAUCAGCGGAUCCACACGGGAGAAAAGCCGUUUUCUUGUUCGGAAUGUGGAAAAUGUUUCACCCAAAGCUCAAGUCUUGCUAGACACAAAGUUAUUCACACAUCAGGAAAAAAUAUUUUUAUAAGUUGAAAUUUU